AUGACAAGCAGUGGCGAUCAGGCCGGAGGCCUGACGAAAGGCCGGGAUGGCGUCCCAUCGUGGGACGGAACAACCAGCAGCUUCCAAGCCUACCUGGAAGCCGCCGAGCUGUACGAACAAGGCACACCCUAUCACAAGCGCUACCUGUGCGGACCGAAACUCCAAGCAGAGCUUUCGGGGACCGCGAAGCGACAUGUAGUGGGCCAGAGACCGGACUGGCUCUCUCAUGGACAAGGAGUGCAAACGCUCCUCAAUCAUCUGAGGAGCUGCCUGGGGAAACCGCAACUGGCCGAGUUGACCGAGUUGCUGGGCCAGUACUUCAAGGGAUCACGCCGUCAUCAUGGAGAGAGCAUGGGAGGAUACAUUUCUCGGAAAUGUGAGCUGUACAUCAGAGCUCAGCAAGCUAUGAGCCGAGUACAGCCCCUGCACACUCCGACGGCGGUGACCUCAGGGUGGACACCACGCUACCACGACGGCUACUACAGCGGAGGCUACAGCCGCCGGAGCAGCGUGGACUCGAGAGCAAGUGAGGCCGAGUCCGAGGCGGAGACCCAGGGAUCUCAGGCCGCAGCACCCGUGGCCGAGACGAACCACGAGCCGAUCGAGGGGAACCAGACCCCAUGGGAUUGGAACUACGAGUGGUGGUCGUCGCAGAACUGGGGAUGGUCGGGCUGGUCAGGAUCCUCAUCAGGAACUUGGGCCUGGAGCAGGCCCGAAGAGACAACGACGUCGCCUCCACGAGUUCUACCAGAGUUGGUUCCAGAGUUCGUCCAAGCAUGGUUUCUUCUCCAAGACUCCGGCCUGGAGCAGGGAGAGAAGAAUCUUGUCUUGACGGCCAUCAAAGGAGAAAUGAACCUCCAGAAGAUGGCCCAGGAGCUGCGGACCCAGUUUCCCGAGGCCGAGAUCAAACGGCGGGAUGGCCAGCAUUCUCGCCGCUACCACCAGGGCCUCAUGGGCGACCUCGCGGAAGAGAACUACCCGGCGGAGGAGGAGACGACCGAGCACGACACAGCCUUCGCGGCCGAGGAGGAGUUGACCGAGGAGGGCUACGCGUUGUGGAACAGUGCAACUGAGGAGGCUGAGCAGGCCUUCGCAGCGCUACAGGGAGCCCGUCGGACCUUGCGAGAAGCGCGGGAUCGGCAGAAGCAGGUCCGCCUGAACAGGCGCUACUUCCGAGGCCCAGACAGCGGACCCAGGAGCAGCUCCGGGGGCCGCGACGACUCAAAGAUCACCUGCUUCAGCUGUGGGCAAACAGGGCAUAGGACAGCCAACUGUCCCAAGCCCAAGCCUCCACAGAAACCGCCAGAGAACAUGGCACCAUUUGUGUGCUUUGCUGGUGAUGUGGAGUCUGAGCCCACAUCGACCGAGGCGCCAGGGCCACAUGGGAGAAAUGAAGGCCUCGAGCAGAGUUUGUCGGCCCAGGCUCUGUCCGCGAGCACCAUCACCACCCAAGAGGCAGUACUGCAGGGCAAGUGUGUGAUUGACAGUGGAGCAACCAAAAGCCUGGGCUCCAUCCUGGCGUUGGAGCAAGUCGUGCGGAACAUGGACGGCGCCGUCAACCAUGUGGACACGGCCGAUCGUCCUCGGUUCGGCUUUGGGAACAGCUCGGAGGACACAUGUGUGUCCACUGUGCAUCUCAAUGUGAGCGCCAGUGGAAAGCCAGGCACCCUGAAGGUGCACGCCCUCGAUGCUGGCGAGGGUCCAAUUUUGUUUUCGAUAGACGCACUGCGAUCGUUAGGAGCCAUUGUGGACUUCAGUGCGGACCUCAUGGUCUUGAGGAAUCUCGACCGCUACAAGCUCAUUCGCCUGGAGAGGUCAAGCACAGGUCAUCAACUAUUCCCCCUCACGGAGGACUUCUACCAGAAUGCAGAGGCGUCAGUGAUGGAAGCCGGAACCCUCGUAGAGUUCACUUCUCUCCGAAAGCGCCGUGUGCCAUCCAUGACGGACUUGUCGAGGGAGGAACUUCGUUUGGCGCUGGCCCAGUUGGGGGAACUUCCCCCCAGUGCGUGGACCAAGGUCGAGUUACGACUUCGCUUGGAGCAGGUCACCGGCGAGGACAUGACGCAGAAGAUCAAGAAGAAGCCUGCCGAGCGCUCGCCGUACGAGAUCUUGGUGGCCCAGCUCAAUGCGUCCAGCAAGAACAAGCGGAACCUCAUCCGUUUUUGCGAAAACGACCUCCAGAUGAACAACCUGGACCAGUGGAGCAUUCCGCGCAUUCAGCACGAAGCCAUGAAGAAGAUCUACCAACAUGCCGAAGCACACCCCUCAGAUCUGGUGGGAUUUGGGCGCCACGCGUCCCUGACUUAUCGCCAGAUUCGGGAGGAGCAAGAGGGCUACUGCCAGUGGCUGGUGAACGAGUCGAAGAAGGGUCCAGACGAGUGCGAUCCUCGACUGAUGCGUUUGGCCGCUUGGUUGAAGCAGGAGGGCGACAUCGAGAUGAAGACCACGACCUCCAAGAUCGACGUGCUGAAGUUGAAGGCGGCAACGAAGGCUGCCUCCAAGGGAGCCGCCAGCUCCUCCUCCGAAGGGGACCACAGUCUGAUACGGGACAUGUACGAGACGAUCGAGAGUCUGAAGGAGGAAGUGGCCGCCCUCAAAGGAGAGCCGACACGCAAGGCCAGCACCCAGCGGGCCACCAAGAGCGAGGAGGGCUACCCUACGACAACGAAGGCGAGCUCGCCAUGA